GUUUUUGUGUUUUUUUGUGUUUUUGUGUUUUGGGCUUUAAUGGCUGACAACAGCUAUGAUGACCCUGUGGCUUCAAGCCUACUGUGUGCAGAGACGAAUAGCCCGUGGGUUAAUGAUUCUGAUUCUCCGGCAAAGGAUGAGGGCUCCAAUGGUGAUAAAGGCUUGAUCUUUGGGGGUGAAAGAUCAGAGCCAUUGAUGGAGGUGCCCAGUCUGAGUGAGGAAAGCUUUAGUUUCAUGGUGGAAAGGGAGAGCCACCAUUUGCCCAGAGAAGGGUAUCUGACGAGAUUGAGAGGUGGGGAAUUUGAGUUGAGUUUGAGAACUGAGGCCAUUGACUGGAUUUGGAAGGUUCAUUCCCAUUGUGGGUUUGGAGACACUACUCUCUGCCUAUCAAUAAGUUACCUGGAUCGGUUUCUCUCCAUGUGUGAAAUAGCAGAGGCAAAAAGCAGGAAUUGGGCUGUGCAGUUGUUGGCUUUGGCGUGUUUGUCGUUAGCUGCCAAAAUGGAGGAGAUCAAUGUGCCAUUGGCGGCGGACAUUCAGGUGGGGGAUUACAGGUUUAUGUUUGAUGGCAAAACAGUACAAAGAAUGGAGCUUCUGUUGUUGACCAACUUGGGGUGGAAAAUGCAGCCAUACACUCCAUGCACUUUCUUAGACCAUUUUCUGAGAAAGAUCAAUGGUGGUGAUCAACUCCCCCCACCAGACCUCAUCUCUAAAUCAAUUCAGAUCAUUUUAGGCACCAUGAAAGGAAUUGAUUUCUUGGAAUUCAGGCCAUCUGAGGUUGCGGCGGCCGUGGCAAUGUCUGUUUCUGGAGACACAAAAACCGCCGGGGAAAUCAUAUUUAAGGCAAUACCUUAUUUCGCACAAGUACACAAGGAGAGGGUGAUGAAGUGUGUUGAGCUGAUUAGAGAUUUGAGGAUUGUGAGUGGGAUAGCAGCAAAUGUGGGAAUAAUGGGAAGAACAAGAAGAGUGCCCCCCAGUCCAAAUGGGGUGCUAGAAGCUGCAUGCUUGAGCUACAAAAGUGAUGACAGAGGGGUUGUUGGGUCAUGCCCAAAUUCCACCCCAGACACUAAAAGGAGGAGAUUGGACUCACCAGACACUACAGACAACAACAACAACAACCAAAAUUAAAAGAGCAACUAAAAACCCAAAAAAAUAAAGUUGGGAGCUUUGAAAAAAGUUAUCUAUUUAAGACAAAAAGAUGGAGGGGGGAGGGGAGAUGCUUUUAGCAUGAAAAGAAU